AGCACCUGUGUACUCUAAAGCUCUAUUCAUUGCUAUCACAUAUAUAUAAGGUACACUACUAGAGCAGGACAUGGACAUUUGGGAAAACAGUCAGCAGAAGAGGUAAACAUGACUGAACCACAGAGUACCCCCGAACAAAUGGCAGCUGGCAAGAGCCAUGGAGGAAUUGGUGGCAGCUACAAGAUCACACUCUUUGAGUUGGAAAAUUUCCAGGGUAAGAAGUAUGAGCUCACUAGGGAGUGCCAGAACUUAUCAGAGAAAGGACUUGAGAAAGUUGGAUCCAUCCAGGUGGAAUCUGGACCAUGGCUCAGCUUUGAACGUCAAGCAUUUGGUGGGGAACAGUUUGUCCUGGAGAAGGGCGACUAUCCACGAUGGGACACCUGGUCUAAUAGCCACAGAAGUGACUAUGUGAUGUCUAUCCGUCCCUUGAACAUUGAUAGUGCUGACCACAAAAUCCAUCUUUUUGAGAAUGCAGGCUACAAUGGAAGGAAAAUGGAGAUUGUGGAUGAUGAUGUACCCAGUCUAUGGGCUCAUGGCUUCCAGGACCGUGUAGCCAGCAUUAAAGUUCUCAAUGGAACAUGGGUAGGUUAUGAAUACCCUGGCUACAGAGGUCGUCAGUAUGUCUUUGAAAAGAAUGAAUACAGACACUGGAAUGACUGGGAAGCCAACCAGCCUCAGAUUCAGUCCGUUCGCCGCAUUCGUGAUAUGCAGUGGCACAAGCGUGGAUGCUUUGCUCCUGCCCCUGUGACUCCAGCUGCUGCUGCCCCCGCUCCAGCCCCCGCCAGUAGCUGAAGGAGAACAAAGCAAGCUCACCAGAUGUCACCCUCUUCUGCUGACAAGCACGGCAAGAAGAGACGCAUAAUGUGAUUUUAAAACUUGAUAACGUCUCUUUAAUGUGUCAGUCUGUAAUCUUAAAUAAAGAUUACUGCAUCACUAAA